AUGGAUUCAUCACCGGCGAACAGAGAGAGCGAAAACGGUGCACAAGGAAACGAGGUGGGAGAAGAUGACUACAUGGGUGACCUUUCUCAGUUUCUUCCUUCAGAUGCUUACGACCCUCCCAAUAUGUCUUCGUCCAGAAAGAUUUCCAGCAAGAAAGACCCUUCAGUCAACCCUUCAAAGAACCGGUUGAAAACUCUUAAUUGGCAAGAGCGGCGAAAACUUGAAAGAGACAGGAAGCAACAAGAAGAGGAUGAGCUAACAUUAGCAAAAGUUGAAGCUCCAAUACCACAAUCCAACAUUGGGUUUAAGCUUCUCAAACAGAUGGGUUAUACUCCAGGUUCUGCCCUUGGCAAGCAGGGUUCAGGCAGGGCUGAACCAGUGGGGAUUGAAAUUCGACGGUCACGAGCUGGUGUAGGAUUAGAAGAUCCCCACAAGGAGAAGAGGAAAAAGGAGGAAAUCAUGAUGGACAGGAAAAGGAGGAAAGAAGAGGACCUAAUGAAAGAAUUUGGGUCCAGGCAGAAGUCACAGUGGCAGAGUAAGAGAAUCAUAAUUAAUUAUAAUAAGGCAAAGGCUGCCCUUGACCAAUUGGAAAAUAGGGAAAUUGUGGAGCCACAAAAGAAUGAGGACGAUGCAGAGGAUGAAGAAGAAGAGGAGGAAGAAAUAACAGAAGAGGAACUGAACGAUGUUUUGAUGAGACUGAGGGAUGAAUUUAAUUAUUGCCUAUUUUGUGGAUGCCAAUACGAAUCAAGUGAUGCCCUUCUGACCAACUGCCCAGGAACCAAUGAAGAUGAUCACUAA